AUGAGGUCAAUAAAAUAUUCAUUGGUGAAAAUCCCAUAUCAAAGGUCAUUUUUCCAUACUACAUCCAUUCGAUUACAAAAUACAGUUAAUUCCAAUAGUGAUAAUGCUAUACCCAACAACCACAUUACCCCAUUAGAACUAUAUAAUCAACGAGUGGCAGAAAAUAAACUUCGUGAUGAUCCCUAUCAACGGAAAAUCAUCACUUCAUUAUCAAAAUUACAUGAAAAAUUAACAUCAUAUACUCCACCAAAAGUAAUUACUCCAUCAAUUUCUGAUUUGACUCCUAAAAUCGGUAUAGCGAAAAUUUUCAGUUCAUUUUUAGGUAAAACUUCAAUUAAAAACAAUAGCCCUUCGUCGUUAUUGGUUGAUGAACAAACAUUAUUGACGGUAAGUAAUGAAGUUCGAGGGAUUUAUUUAUAUGGAGAUGUUGGAUGUGGUAAAACCAUGUUGAUGGAUUUAUUUUAUGAUACGAUUCCGGAAAAUUUACCUAAAAAACGAUUACAUUUCCAUCAAUUUAUGCAAAAUUUACAUAAACGUUCACAUCAAUUAAAAAUGCAACACAACAACAACAACAACAACAACAACAACAACAACAACAACACCACUAAAAGUGGUGGUGGUGGUAGACAACAUAAUGAUAUUGAUGUCAUACCAUUAUUAGCGAGUGAAAUUGCUCAAACAUCGACAAUUUUAUGUUUUGAUGAAUUUCAAGUGACUGAUGUUGCCGAUGCCAUGUUAUUACGUCGAUUAAUGAUGUUAUUAUUACUGCCACAAUUUGGAGUCAUAUUAUUUGCUACAUCAAAUCGUGCUCCUGAUGAUUUAUAUUUAAAUGGAAUUCAAAGAGUUAGUUUUAUUCCUUGUAUUAAAUUAAUUAAACGUCAAUGUCAUGUAAUUUAUUUAAAUUCACCCACUGAUUAUAGAAAAAUCCCUAAACCAAUAUCAUCAGUUUAUUAUUUCCCCAAACCAGGAUUAAAAUGGGAUCUGAAAAUUAAUAAAAAUAAUUGUAUCAAACAUAUUGAAUCAUGGUAUGAAUAUUUUAAUGCCAACAAUGUCAAAUCAGAUGAACGUUUAAAAAAUUAUAAAGUUGAAGUUUGGGGUCGACAAUUAAAUGUACCAAUUUGUUCACCUCAUUAUGUUGCUCAAUUUACAUUUCAUGAAUUAUGUGGUACACCUAUGGCAGCUGGUGAUUAUUUGGCAUUAGCACAAAGUUUCCAAUCAUUUAUAAUCACCGAUAUUCCUUAUUUAAGUAUUGAUGUUCGUGAUCAAGUAAGAAGAUUUAUAACAUUUUUAGAUGCAAUUUAUGAUAAUCAUGGUAGAAUUGCUGUAACUAGUGCUAAUUCAUUUAAAGAUUUAUUUGUUGAACCAGAAAAUAUCGAAAAAGAUAAUUAUUAUGAAUUGCACCAAAAAAAGAAGGAACAGAUUGAAACAGAUCCUUCUUCGGAGGAGGAGGAGGAGGAGGAAGAAGACGAAGAAGACGAUGAAUUGGUUAUUAAACAUGGAUUUGAUAAACUGAUUGCUAGAAAGGCAAAAAUGUUUGUUAAUGAUGAAGAAAGAUUUGCUUUUGCUAGAGCAUUAAGUCGAUUAUCACAAAUGAGUACAACUGAAUGGAUAGAUCAAGUUAGAGAUGUAUAA